CGCGGAGAGGACGCCCCAGCCCGGACUCGCGCUGUGUCCGGACCCGCUGAUCCUACGCGCGCGCCUCACUCUGCAGACUCGGCUCAGACUCGGCUCAGACUCGGUUCAGACUCGGUUCUCUUCUGGCUCUCGCGCGGAUCUGCUCAGCCCGGGCUGAUGUGACCCGUGCCCGGUGAAGUCAUGUCGCUGGUGUGGACCCCCCGCGCGUGGCUCGUGCUGUGGGGCGCGCUCUGUUUGCGCGCUUUGGUUUUGGCGCAGUUUGGUCCGGAUUUACGCGCGAGGAACGACACGGAACAGAACUUUACGACACAAGAGACACAAGAGACACGAGAGACACAAGAGACACGAGAGACACAAGAGACACGAGAGGCCGAGGGACAGGACCAGGGACAGGUGACGCCCCCGCCAGACCCCGUGUUCACGUGUAAGCUCCGCGUGGUGGACGCCCUGAGCCGACGGCCUCUGAACGCGACGCUCGUGGAGAUCUUCGUCAACUUCGGCCCGACGUUCAGCGCCGAGACUCGGGAGGACGGGGACGCCUGGUUCCGGAUCCCUCGUCUCCGGAACGACGCCGUCAUCUCGGCUCUGGCGUCCAAACGGGGAUACGUGACGGCCCUGCUGCCCCUCGCCGCGGACAAAACGCCAGUUUUUUCCUCGCUGACGUUGCCGCUGCUCGGACUGAACCGUGGAGACAUGUGGCUGUUCAACGAUUCAGUCGUCAUCGGUAAAUCCACAGGGGCGUUUGGUGCCGAGCCGCUGGUGCAGUUCCCCUCGUCUGGUCUGAAUCUGACUGAGGACAACGCUCUGUCUGCGGUCGACGCCUUCAUGAACAGUCCCUCUGUGUCGGCAGCAGAGGGCGCUCUACUCCACACUAUGGGCAUCGUCGGCACCAGCUCAGGUCACAUGUGCGUGGAGCUGACCCCGCUGGCCUCGGUCUCGGUGCAGCUGCUGUCCUCAGGCUCUGCUCUGGAUGUGUCUGGUCCCAUCCACAUGAGGCUCCCGCUGUGUGAGAGCUGUGGACUGAGGGCGGGGGAGCACGUGCCCGCCUGGACCCUGAGCCUCACCUCUGGAGCCUGGGUGAGGACUGGUCUGGGGACAGUGGAGGUCGUCGAUGGGAGACUCAUGUGGGCGUUUGCAGCUCCUCACCUUGGACACUGGAUGGCAGCACCUCUGUCUCCCUCCAGAGGGCUCCGACUCGAGGACCAGGUGGAUUUCCUGCUUCGUCACGGCUCUUUCCUGAUGAUCCUUUUGGGCUCCACUCUGGUGGUGGCCGUCUGCCUACUGCUCGGGCUCCUGUGUCGUCCAAGACCCUCUCACACAGACUCCAAACCGAGGCGUCCUGCGGUGAACCCUCUCGUCUCCAUGAAGGACCAAACCACCUCCACCGGCGAAGAUCAGGUUCUUCUGCUCUCAAACCACACCCACAGGCGGUACAGCGUGACGUCUACCGCUGAUCUACAGGAGGACACUGCAGUCACUUUAACCGUGAACCGUCCCGACGAGCAGCAUCCUCAAAAUCAAACAUUUGGGAACGGGCUUUUUUUCUACAACCAACCCGUGGCGAUCCUGCACGCGCCCGGCUUCUUCGAAAUGGAUGAACUGUCCGAGGAAAAGUGGAACAAGUCCGUCUCGCUGCCACGCAUGGACUCUAAAGACGCUCGGGAGAACUUCACGGAGACCAAAAUCACAAAUAACAAAACGGAAAACGCAAAAGGAGAGUCUAAAAAGUUUGAAAUCAAAUCUAGAGUUCACAGCGGUCUCCCGGAGUCGGUGUCCGAACCGGGAACGCUCGGACAGAGAGGGAUUUCCGCGCAGGGUCCCAGAGCGUGGUUUGUGUCGCUGGAGGGUAAACCGGCGGCGGAGGUCAGAUAUAACGUUUCAGAGGAGCCGGCGAGGAGGAGGGAGGAAGAGGGAAACGGUAGAGGGACGAGCCGUGACUCCGGGGUGGAUUUGAGCGAAGGGAACCAGGGCAGACGAGAGGUGAGGCUGGAGAGGAACGCCACGUUUGUGAAGAAGUCAAGUCAGAAAGAGAACGGAAAAGACUGAAGACGGGACAGUUAACGUGCGUGGGACAGAGUAAUAUAUUUUUAUAGUUCUGACUUGGUUUGGCGGGAUAGUACUUGUGGAAACUAUGAAAAAAAACUCGGAAAUUACAGGAAGUAGCGUCGAGUUCUCAGACAAAAUCCCUCUAUGUUUGUAUCCGAAUGUUUACGCUAUUCUCUACUUACAUGACUUUUCGAAAUCGCGCCGUUUUUAUUUGUAUCUGAAUGUCCUGCUGGUGAGAAAAUACUGCGCUCAGAAUAUCCCACAAUGCAUUUUGAGAAGUAGUGGUCGCAUAGACAGUAUAAAGAAGUAAGUGCGAGGAAAAUGAAGCUCGUCGAGGCUAGCAGUUAUAGCGGCGAAUUUCAUGUUAGGAAUUCCGACUGCGAGUGUCAUAGCAACCAGAGAGCCAAUCCAGAGCGAGCCUGUCGAAGGUAACGCCCCCUUCCCGCCCUCAUUGCCGGUUUAAGCGGGGGAGCGGGCACUUGGCAACGCUGUCAAUCAAACCUGUCGCUAACGCUAACGGGAGGGACCUCAGGGAAAGAAGAGAAGGCGACUUAUUCCUCUAAUGUUUAUAUCUUGAUUUACGGACAAAAUAGCGAAAUAAAAAUACAAGGAUCAUGUAGAGCGGGUUAAUACGAACAUUUAAAACCAAAAUGACGAGUCUGAAGCAGCAGGUACAGAGAGAGGAGACGGUUUUUCAAUAGAAAGUGAAUUGGAGCCAGAGUCGAUGGAGCCAGAAGCGCGCACAUGAUCACUUCCUGUUUGAACGUGGCGGCUAGCAGGUUAGCUACAUCCAUUUAUAUAAACAGUGGUCCUCAGUGCUCACUAAAUUGAUCAAAAUAGCCCACAAUGCAUUGCAAGAGUUGGAAAAACAACAACGCGGCGACCGGACACAGCGCCGCGCGGGCACUGGUUUAUCUCACCGUUUAUCGCUGAUCGUGAAGCGUUAGCGUUCGCCACUUACCUUAAUUUCCACAUUUUAGAUUGACAAACGUAUAAUCUGAUCUGUUUUACGUGAGGCCGAGAGUCACGUGACCUGAAUGGGCGGAGUCCGAAUGCACGGCCGUCGAGUAACGAGUAAGAGGUUAAGGGCUAGAGCGGACGUUCGGACACGGUUUACGUCGUUCGUCCAAAACGCAGAGACAAUUUACGCACAAAGGAGGCAAAAGUGUGGGGUAUUCUGACAUGUUUGGGACAAUUUAACAUUUUGGUUGCUAGGUAACACUUGUAAUGUUCAUUUUUGACAAUAUAUUUGUUCACAAUCAGGUUAAGGUUAGGAUUAGGAUUAGGUUCAGUUCAUUUGGUUAAAUUUAGAGCGUAGGGACAGGUUAGCUAACGCGGUCUGGUCACAUCUGCUGACUGUGGCUAACCAGGAAGUAAAAUCAGAAAAAUCACCUAAAUUAAAAAAAAAAAAACGAACAAACUAGGCAAGACUUUUUGUAAACCUUUUUAUAAUGUUUUUUUUAAUAUAUUUUAGUGAAAUGACUAGUUAAACAUGCACUUUAAAUAUCCCGUGGUUGUUCCUUCGUACGGUCAGGACACUUUUGCGCUUUAACCCUGUUCUAAUGUGAUGAAAUGUUCCGCAGUGGAGCUUU